CCCAUCCAGGCGCGCAUCCCUGGACACGACCCUGCCUCUGCGUCCGGUGAGCUGGUCCACAACCAGAACGUGAAGACUCCGCCGGCCGCCCACGUCCUCUCAGGCCUGGAGCCCUUCAGCACCUACGAGGUGCGCGUGGCCUGCCAGACCAGCCAGGGGGCCUCAGAGUGGACGCCGUGGGUCUCGCUACGCACGGCCGAAGGAGUUCCAUCAGGCUGUCCAAUGAAUGUCACUGCUGUGUUGAAUGGAUCUGCUGAGGUUUUGAUGAAGUGGGCGGGGACUGAGGGUCCCAUCAACGGACACCUACUGGGUUACCGGAUGGAGUACAUAACCCCCAACAGCACCUGGGUGCUACACGACUCGGGAUUGGACACCGAGCUGUCCAUCAACCUAACUGAUCCCCUAUCAAACAUCUCCUUCCGUGUGUGUGCGUAUACGGGGGCAGGCCAGGGACCCUGGAGUCCCGUUCAGACCCUGACUCUCAUCAAACCAGAAGCUGAGGGUCUGCAAUCCAGAG